GCGCAGCCGACUCAAGCGGCACAAGGUGGAACAGGUACAGGCACCAACAACACUUCAUCGCUCUCUUCCAUUCCUCAAAACGCAGCAGCUGGUGGAAUCACCAUCACGAAUCCUGUGCAAACGGCAGACGCUUCUUAUUACAAGAUAGCCUCGGGUAUCAGUGUGACUUUCGGAUGGAACUUUACGAGCAUCGUUGCGGGACACUCGCCCAGCUCCUUGACCAUCCAAGCAGUCAACACUGCUCAAAAGAAUACCAUACCGAUCGCCACAAUAGCGGGUGCUGCUACGCAGGUGGUUUGGAGCCCUUGGGACUAUCAACAAUCUGCUGGGGCUAGGAAUUUGCCACAGUUGGCUCAGGCUACUUAUAGGUUGCAGAUCUUUGACGAAAAGGGCCCGGACGCUGCCACCAAUCAGGCAGGGGUGUUCAACGCUAACCAGGCGGUGCAAUUCGCCCUGUACAUUCCGGCGGCGUAUACGCCUCUUUCUGCUGGCUGGACUUGCGCAGGUUGCAAGAACGCAGGAGAGCUCCUCAAAUCGUACACGCCUUUGCUGCUUGGCAGCGCAGCUGCUACUGCUAUUUGUCUUGCCAGCGGAGCCGGCUUAUUGAGAAGA